GUAGUGGACAUUUGAGUUUCAUCCCUCUUCUUGGAAUCUUUUGUGCAAGUCUCUUAAUUCCUGAUGUACUGUACAGAGGACAUCCUGGGCUUUUCAGUGAUAUGUCAUUUGAUUGGCUGGGAGGCCGGGAACCGCCUCUAUCUUUCCUUUCAAAAUGGACGGCAUAGGAACAAGCACAUUUUAUGGAAAGAUGAGAGAUUUGCACCUGUGUUACCUGGGCUUCCUGUGUGUCAAGAUGACCCUACAACACGUGCAGACUGGAGUCCAAUUGAAUACUUUUCACAGUACAUUGACAACAAGGUCUUUGAAGAUUUGGCAACAUACACAAAUCAAAGAGAGCUGCAAAUCAAAGGAGUGUGCAUGAACACCACGCCACAAGAAAUAAAAAUCUUCUUGGGCAUUUCAGUCCACAUGGCCUGCCUUGGCUAUCCCAGAAUUAAAAUGUUUUGGGCCAACAAAACUAAAGUGCCAGUCAUAAGUAGCAAAAUGACUAGGGAUAGAUUCUUCAGGAUAAGAAAUUCCCUCAAGAUUGUCAAUGACCUGGCUGUAACAGAGGAAACAAAGAAGGCAGAUAUUCUUUGGAAAGUCAGGCCAAUACUCGAUCGUGUGCGCCAAGGCUGUCUCAGCCUUGCAAAGCCAGAAAGGGUCUGCAUUGAUGAGCAAAUCAUCCCAUUCACAGGCCGUUGUCCAGUCAGGCAAUAUGUUCCCGGCAAGCCAAACCCUACUGGCCUAAAGGUCUUUGUCCUUGCAUCCCCAAAUGGUCUGAUGCUUGAUUUUGAAGUCUACCAAGGGAAGAAUACCUUUACAGUCCAAAGGUUAGGAGUUGGAGCUGCAGCAGUUCUACGCAUGGUUGAAUCUGUUCCAACAGGAAGCCACAUAUUCUUUGACAGGUACUUCACAACCAUAGAUCUAUUGGAUGCAUUGCUGGCAAAGGGCCUUCCUGCAACUGGAACUAUAAUGAAGAACCGUGUCCCAAAGCUGUGCCAGCUGCCAGUAGACAAACAGUUGAAAAAAGAGGGAGAGGAACAUCAGUGUCAGUGGCCAGAAAGAGUCCUGAGCUGGCCAUCACAAAAUGGUUCGACAACAAACCAGUGCUCAUGGCAUCCACUGUACAUGGGAAAGACCCAGAAGACAUCUGUACCAGAUGGUCCGAGAAAGAAAAGCACCUGGUCCAGGUUAAAAGACCAGCAGUAA